AUGUCGUCUUCGUUGCUGGAGAGAGCGCGAGGUUUCCACGAAGACCUCGAGAUCUACGAGCGUGGGAUCAUCGACCAAUUGGAGACCAAGCCGCGCACCCAAAAGGAGCGCGUGGCACAACAACACCGGAUAGCCAACCUCUGCGACGGGUCCACCGAACGCAGCCAAGGUCUCCAUGAGAUUUAUGAAGACACUGACGGCUCCAUGAGGGAAGAGGUGGCGUCAAUGAGGGGCCAGAAAGUAAUGGAUACCUUCUAUGACCGGUUGAAGGAGACUUGGAGCUACCACACGCACCAUCCGGGACUGCCGGUGACAUUCGGACCGAACUUGGAGGCAGAGACGGAGGUGAAAGUGCAGUUCUCCGGAGAAGAGCUCUACGGCAAGUUCUUCGACCUGCACGGCAUGUUCGUUCGGUGGGUCAACCUUCCUCAGUGCAAGGACAAGCAGCUGGACUACUCGCAGUUCCUACAGGCCUUGGGAAGGUUCGAGGACAUCCCGGAGCAAGAAAAGCUUCGCGGGAAGGCCUACGCGGGUUUCUUGGCGGACCUGAGGGAGUACCUGGGCGGCUUCCUCACUCGCACACAGCCUCUCGUCGACCUCGACGAGGUGCUGGGUGACACGGACAGCUCUUUCGAGGAGGCCUGGGAGGCGGGGACGUUGCCGGGGUGGACGUCUGGGCGAGCGGCGGCGGCGGCAGCAGCAGCAGCAGCAGCGGGGAAAGGCGGCGCGGCGGCCCCGCGGGUGCUGGACUUGAAAAAGUUCCACGACGCGGACGAGCUGCGCGCUUUGGGCAUGGACCGCCUGAAGGAAGCUCUUCAAGCCAUCGGACUCAAGUGCGGCGGUACCCUGGAGCAGAGAGCGGAUCGGCUCUUUUCUGUGAAGGGGAAAAAGCCGGAGGAGAUCGACCAGAAACUCAAGGCGAAGGGGAAAAAGGAGGGGAAGGGCGUGAGCAACGGAGUGGCGCCGGGCCACGGUGCGGACCCAAACGCGAAUGGCCCCGCUGGGGGGGGGGGGGGGAGGGGCGGCGGGAAGGAGGAGCGGCGCAAACAGCUCGCUGCUCUAGAGACAAAGGUGAAAGCGCUUCUAGAGGUACAGACGGACACACUAGAGUCGACGAAGCGGCAGGUGGACAAGAAGCACACUAGGACGGUAGAGGAGCGCGACCAGGAGAUCCAAGAGGAGGAGCAAGGAGCUCUCCCGGAGUUCAACGAGGAGGAAGAAGAGGAGAGCGAUGAGGAAGGGCCCAUCUACAACCCCCUCAAUCUCCCGCUCGGGUGGGAUGGAAAACCUAUUCCGUACUGGCUCUACAAGCUGCACGGGCUCGGGGUAGAGUUCAAGUGCGAGAUCUGCGGCGAUUUCAGCUACAAGGGUCGGAGGAAUUUUGACCGGCACUUCCAAGAAUGGCGUCACGCGCACGGCAUGCGAUGCUUGGGCAUCCCGAAUACGAAGCACUUCCACGACAUCGUCCUUAUCCAGGACGCCCGAGACCUCUAUGCCAAGAUCAAAGACUCGUUGGACAAGGAGCAGUGGAACCCCGAAGACAACGAGGAGUACGAAGACGGGGAGGGCAACGUUCUCAACAGACGCACCUACGAGGACUUGGCCCGCCAAGGCCUCAUGUAA